AUGACAUACUCAUUCUUGACCCCAAGUCGCGAAGACGUCCAGUCGCUACCGGACAGCGAGCAGCAGUCCAUCGUCAAUAGCGAGGGCAGCUUCCUCAUCCCAUUUACGACCGACAAUGAGCCAAAACUUAUCACCUGGACUGGCCCCAAAGACCCCGCAAACCCUCUGAACUGGAGCCACGCCCGGAAAUGGUCCGCGACUCUUCUCGUCUCCUGCUUCACCUUCAUUUCCCCCGUCUCGUCUACAAUGGUUGCGCCCGCACUGCCUGAAAUUGCCGACGAAUUCAACAUCAAGUCGCAGAUCGAGCAGUACCUGGUCAUGUCCAUCUUCCUCCUGGCCUACGCGCUCGGUCCGUUUAUUCUUGCUCCGUUGUCUGAGAUGUACGGGAGGGUUGUUGUUUUGCAGUCGGCCAAUAUGGUGUACUUAUUGUUUAACACCGUGUGCGGAUUUGCGACUACGAAGGAACAGAUGCUCGCGUUUCGAUUUCUGAGUGGGCUGGGAGGGGCUGCGCCACAAGCGGUAGGUGAAGGUGAAGAGGAAGUGUGUGCGGAGGCUGAUCGCGAUUUAGAUCGGUGGCGGCGUUCUCAGCGACUGCUGGAGAAAGCAUGA